UUAUUGUUUAUAUAAACUCUUAAGCUAUCUUCUCAAUUCCUCCAAGGAAAAUUUAGAUCAGUUUUGAGAAAAUGGGAAAUAUAUUUGUAGUAAUGAAUCCAAUUCUUAAUGGUGUAAUGAAAGCUGCUGGAAUGUCAUCCCAAUUAGUGGAAAUAGAACCAGGAACUACUAUGCAUUUUUAUGUUCCAACUAAAUCUAUUCAUCCAAAUAAUAAAUUACCAAAUAAAUCCUCUAAGCCUGCAGUUGUAUUUGUUCAUGGAUUUGUUGCCAAUGGAAUCAUCAAUUGGCUUUUUCAAGUGCUCUCUCUAAGAGCUUCAUGUUUAGAUUUUGAUGUUUACGUCCCUGACCUACUUUUCUUCGGAGAUUCCAUCACCACUCGUCCUGAACGGUCAACGAGUUUUCAGGCGGAAUGUUUAGCAAAGGGAAUGAUGAAGCUCGGUGUGGAAAAAUUCUCUCUUGUUGGUUUAAGUUAUGGAGGAAUGGUUGGUUUCAAGUUGGCUCAACUGUAUCCUCACAUGGUUGAAUCUAUGGUUAUGUCAAGCACAGUUAUAGAGAUGACUGAAUCCAUUAGCAAUGCUUCUUUGAAGAACAUUGGAUUCACUAAUUGGCCUGAUUUUCUUUUGCCCAAAACAAUUUCUGGAGUCAAAGUGCUUCUAUCUAUUGGUUCUCACAAGUUGCCAUGGUUGCCUGAGUUUUUCUACAAGAAUUUUCAUGAGGUAAUGUUUAGCAACAGAAAGGAGAAAGUAGAACUUCUUGAAGCUUUAGUAGUCAGUGACAAAGAUGCCACUAUUACGCCCUCUAACUACUCCCAGAGAAUCUACCUUUUAUGUGGAGAUGAUGACAAGAUUUUCAAUAUGGCAGUUUCUGAUAACAUGAAAGAGAAGUUGGGUGAAAAUGCAACAAUCCAGUACAUAAAAGACGCAGGACAUUUGGUUCAAUUAGAGCGACCAUGCACUUAUAAUCACUAUCUCAAGGAAUUUCUUUCAAACUUAUAAAGUGAUUAUGCGUACACGCAAUGUAUCUGUAAAAUAUUGGAGAGUUGUAUGUUUUUUUAAUUUGAAAUUCAUGCCCAAAUAACAUGUGAUUAUGCUAUCAUGAGGUCAAAGUAUUCAUAUUUGAAACUCA